AUGGAGCAAUUUGAUAGAGUACUGGAUCAAGUAAAGAAUAAAAUGGACCGCGUCGAAUUAUUGUUAAUCGACGUCUUGUCAACGAUAAAGGGGAGUCCACGGGAACAAGCUGCCACCAACCUUAAUAGUCAGAUUACAAAGUCCUCGCUCGCCGAAAUUGUUUCUCCACCAGUUGUUCGAGAUGAUGAGUGUGAAGUAAUUGCGGGACUAUAUUCGAAUACUCCAGAGGAAAAUACUACCCAUCCAAUCAAUCCCGAAACUGAUUCCUUCACAAUGUCAUACGGUGAACAAUUUGCCAAGGAGAUCCGGCCGCAGGUCUAUCCGCUCAACAAUGUAACGCAUGAUGUAUGCACCUGUAUUGAAAACAAAGUGACUCUUCUGCCAAAAUAUUUUCUCGACAAAGCCGAUCCUCCCAUGCCUCCAAAGAUUGUGGAAUUCCAGCCAGCUCUUAAGGAUCCUCCAGUCUCACACUGGUAUCAGUCACAACCCCGCUGGCUGGAUCUAAAAGAAGAAUUCCCCGGCACUUGUGUUGAGGGCCAAAGAAACUCCUUAACCACAUGGCUAAUUAUUCUCGAAACUAUAGCUAAGGCUACGGAGCGAAUGAACGUCCUUCAUAAUCCUAGGGCCAUCUACUCUCGCCUUACCACUAAGGAAAUGGAUAAUAAUAACUUCUUUGCUCUAUGGACCGUAACGCAAUCUAGUCUCAAGCUCUACCACCUUAAAUUGUAG